CCCACUGUUGGCAUGGUGAUCAAACUGUCAUUUCCUCAUGUCAUUCGAGAGCUUCAUCUAGAGGACAGAAGUAUCCCAGAAGGCACCACAGCACACGCGAAGAAAUCACGGUGCAUCAGGAAGAGACGGCGUGAUGCGUUCUGAACAUCAGAAGUCACAAUGGAGAUGACUCUAUUGUUUAUCACAGUGUGGUUCACUCAGUUCCUCAUCGUCUCGGCUCUUAAUUUCAGCACACAGCCAACAUACACCCCAAGUGACUUCAUAGAUACCACACAAAUAACUUCAGCAACAACAAAAACAAACCCCGAACCAAAUACCCUUAUUUAUGCAACACCUUCGUCACCUCUGACUGCAACAACGCAUAUAACCAUAACCAAUUUGCCCAGUGAAGCGCAAACACAGACAAAUAUAACCCCAAAUGUGACACCCACACAGGAAACAGCAUCCCUGCAACAACUGAACACCAGCAGUUCUCCAUCUCAACAUGUCAUGGUGGAUGAUGGCGAGAGCGUAACCAAUGUUAGUAAUGUGACUGUGAGUGAUGACAAUACAAGUCAUACAACAGUUUCCACGAACUUCGCAACACAGACGAAUGACAGCACUGAGACAGGAACAACGCCAAGUGUGAGCUACAACUCUGACAGGAGCACCGUUCAGACUACAGACACUUCUUCAGACCCAGUCGACAGUGUCUCAACAGCUCCUUGGAAAUAUUCCACAGAGAAAGAGGAUGAGAGAACGAACGACGACGAAGGAAAUUAUGAAACUAACUCCACCCUGGCCACAUUUACAAAUAUGAACGAGGAGUCGCGAGGAACACGAGGCACUGAGGGAAGAUACACGUUCUCAAGUGAACACAGCGAGGCACAUUAUGACACAACAGCGAAUACAGUCAAUGUCAGUGAUACAACAGCAACAGUGAGUAACAACCGGUCAACUCCACAAAACACAGAUAUUCCCUCGACCACACCGUCUUACACAACGGCUCAAGGUUACCCCACGGUUACAGAUGCGCCUGAAGACCACACCUCAACAAGUGGAGACCCCCUCUCACUCAACUCAACUCAUCUCAAGAUCAACUCAACUCACUCUACGACACAGGGGGAUAUAUACAGGUUCACAAACCCCACAGAAACCACAGGAAGAGAAAACCGGACAGAACCAGACACACCCGGCGGUACCCCCACCAACAUCAACAUCUCUGUCACAACUGACAACAGCCUGAAUGCCACAAACUACAGUUCAAACACAAAUGACACAGAAAACAAAGCGAGGCCUCCAUGUUUGAGCCCAACACAAGAAAAUCAUUCUUGGCCAUCCAAGCUGGUCUGUUUCCUCAUAUUGUGGACUUUAGCAAUGACCGCCUCCAUAUUUCUAGGAAUUACUAUAUUUCUUUGGGUGCGUCUGUCGGUCUCCAAGAAAAAGAUGAAGCGGCGAGUAAAAGGAGGUGAGACGUGUGAGAAGAAGAGCCUGUGGGCCGACCCCAAAGCUUCGGUGCAGGACAGAGUGGAGUUCUGGUACGUCAACGGAUCCACGCUGGAGGCCGACAGGAAGGACAGGAGGAGGAGGAGGACGAGAGGACGCGAGCAGGAUACGGAGGAGAACAGCUUGUGGAUUCAGCCUAGAGUCACUGUGGAAGACAUAACUGAGUUCUGGUACGCAAACAGACGCACCAAGGAGGAGAGGACAGAGGACACGUAGAUACAAACUUUGAAAGGCUUGGGAAGAAAUCUAUUUGGACUUAUGUCUAAAGCAUGAGGGGAUUUUGAUGGAGCCUUUGUUUGAGUUACUAAAAAAAGUUUGAAUAAGAAGUCCGAAUGAUGUGUUUGUGAUCCUACAUGCAACUUUAAUUGUCAGGGAUUUGUGUUCAGCUGUGGCCCAAAAAAAUCAAACAAUAAAUAAAAAUGAAAAAGACAAACUCUAGGUUGAUUGAAGUAUUUCAUAAUAGACAAAGCUGACAUUAAAUGAUGAACGAAACAGGAAGAGCCUAUGUUGCAAUCACAUGCCAUUGGAAGUAUCCUAAAUAUGAGUUUCCCAAGCAGAAACGGCACAUUAAUGGCCUAAGUCAUAUUUAGAUCAUUGUGAUACACAAGUUUCUGAGUUGGGUGGGCCGUAAGCUUUAAACAUGAUGGAGGAGAGAACCAUCGAUAGUGACUGUUAAGGUUUAUUUGUUUUUCCCAGAACAUUUGCAUUGCUUUUUCUUACCAUUAAACUUAUGUAUGUUUAAGUACAUAAGUAACCAUUUGAUGCAUAUUGCCUAUAGCAAUGGUUUUUGUUUUUUGACCAACGAGAUGACUAUAUAGAUAGUACAGUGACUAUGUACAAUAGUGCUGGGUAAUGUUUAUAUCCUUGCAAAUUAAUGGGAUGCUAUAUUUUAUUCAAAAUCUGUUAGAUAUUGACUAAAUGUCUUCUAACUAAAUACAUUUUGGCUCCAGUAAAAUCCUCAAGAAAUGGGCAA